AGUGAGACUGAAUUGAAAUAACAUUGUCAAGUCGCCAUGGAUCACAACGGUAAUCGAGUUCGCGACUCAAGCCAGCCUUCCCAGGUUCAACUUCGCGAUCAGUCGGACGAAGAUUCGGACAAUGACGGUUCGAGUGUAUGUAGCAGGUGUUGUUCAUUUCUGCUAUUCGUGAUGUCAAUACUGCUUGUCAUUAUCUUGUUCCCAUUCUCCAUGCUAUUUACCGUCAAGGUGGUUCAGCAAUACGAGAGAGCUGUCAUAUUCAGAUUGGGGAAAUUGCUAUCUGGCGGAGCCAAAGGCCCAGGAUUAUUUUUCAUCCUUCCCGGUGUUGACGAAUACACAAAAGUUGAUUUGAGGACCGUCUCGUACAAUAUUCCGCCACAAGAGGUUCUGACUAGAGAUUCAGUGACAAUUGCAGUGGACGCCGUCGUUUUCUACCGGGUUAACAACGCGACAGAUUCGGUGAACAAUGUCACAGACGUCAAAUCAUCAACCCAACUUUUGGCUCAAACGACCCUUCGCAACAUACUUGGGACCAAGAGCCUAUCUCAAAUUUUAACCGAACGAGACUCAAUUUCUCACGCUAUUCAGGAGCAUUUAGAAGAGGCCUCCAGGAGGUGGGGUGUUAUGGUUGAAAGAGUGGAAAUAAAAGACGUGUCGCUUCCACAAUCCAUGCAGCGCUCAAUGGCAGCAGAAGCUGAAGCCACAAGGAAUGCGAAAGCUAAGAUAAUAGCUGCAGAAGGCGAGGAGCAGGCGUCACUUUCCCUAAAAAAUGCCGCGGACAUUUUGAGUAAAUCUCCAGCUGCCCUGCAAAUAAGGUAUCUUCAGUCGCUGUGCUCAGUAGCCGAAGAGAAGAAUUCCACCAUAAUCUUUCCUCUGCCGAUGGAGUUUAUGUCAGCUUUUACUCAUAUGAAACAUCAACAAUGAUCUAUUUAGUUGUCUUUUUAUUUUUGUUUGGAUAUUUCUAAUUAUUGUCGUGAUAUUUUAAAUGUUUAGACUAUUUGACAAAUGCAUUCAUAUCGCGAGGUCUUUUAAUUUUAUUAAUAUUAACUUUAAAUGACGAAAGAUUGCUCAUUGAAUUUGUUAUAGCAAAUAUUUAAUUAUUAUAAAUAGACAACACAAGUAUAUAUAUAUAUAUAUAUAUAUAUAUAUAUAUAUACAUUUAUGUGUAUAUGACAAAUAUUUUAAGUGUUUACGUAUUGGACGAGUAAUUUCAAUAAUUUGUUGUCACAAAGUUAUGUUCAUUGACUGAUAUACUAAAAACCAGUGAACUACCACUGACAAA